AUGCUCAACAACACCAGCCACAUCAACCAAGCCAACAACCUUUUCUGUAACAGCUAUCAAGCUACCAAACCAGAUAUUGUCCUUAAUUUUGAGAAUGGAGAAGAAUCAUGGAGAAUAGAAGAUGAAAUGCAAUGUCAGUGCUUCUCAGCUCAUUCUGUUGUGGGUACACUGGCUUUCGUCCAGAAUUCAGAGCGCACUGAUUGUGAUUCAACUCCAUUAGGGAAGAAACUGUAUGGAUGCAAUGAAUGUGCAGUGAAUGCUUGUAAGCCACUUCUGACCAUGCCUCAGAGAACUCAUGCAGGAAAGAAAUCCUGUGAUCGUAGGAGAGCCCUUCCCAGUAAGUUGAAGCUAAUUACUCAUCAGGAAGCUCACACAAGGGAGAGACCAUAUGUAUGCAGUCAAUGUCAAAAAGCCUGCAUUACAAAGUCAGCGCUCAUCUAUCAUCAGAAAACUCAUCAUAGAGAAGGGAAAUCCUAUGCGUGCGGUAAAUGUGGGAAAGCUUUUCCGUGGAAAUCAAAACUCACUUUACACCAGAGAACUCACUCAGGAGAGAGACCUUUCCGAUGCAGAGUGUGUGAUAAAGCCUUCAUGGUUAGGACACAUCUCACUGUACAUCAGAGAACUCACACAGGGGAGACGCCCUAUGAGUGCUCAGACUGUGAGAAAGCCUUCUCAAAAAAGGCUCAGCUCAUUGUUCAUCAGCGAAGUCACACAGGGGAGAGACCGUAUGUGUGCAGUCAAUGUCAAAAGUCCUUUAUUACAAAGUCAGCGCUCAUCUAUCAUCAGAAAACUCAUCACAGAGAAGGGAAAUCCUAUGUGUGCAGUAAAUGUGGGAAAGCUUUUCCAUGGAAGUCAAAACUCACUUUACACCAGCGAAUUCACUCAGGAGAGAGACCAUUCCGAUGCAGAGUGUGUGAUAAAGCCUUCAUGGUUAGGACACAUCUCACUGUACAUCAGAGAACUCACACAGGGGAGAAGCCUUAUGAGUGCUCAGACUGUGAGAAAGCCUUCUCAAAAAAGGCUCAGCUCUUGAUUCACCAGCGAAUUCACACAGGAGAGAGACCGUAUGGAUGCAGUGAUUGUCAACAAGCUUUCAUCCAAAAGGUUUUGUCCUCGAAGUCAACUCUCAUUGUACAUCAGAGAACCCACACAGGUGAGAAACCUUUCAAAUGUAAUGUAUGCGAAAAAGCCUUCACAUCAAAGGCCCAUCUCAUUGUACACCAGAGAAUUCAUACAGGAGAGAAACCAUAUGGCUGCUCGCAUUGUGAGAAAGCUUUCUCUACUAAGGCACAUCUCAUGAUUCAUCAGCGAAUUCAUACAGGAGAGAGACCUUACAGAUGCAAUCUGUGUCAACAAGCUUUCAUCCAGAAGUCAGGUCUCACUAUCCAUCUACAAAAUUGUCAUGCAAAAGUGAAAUCUUACGGAUGCAGUGAAUGUGGGAAGGUUUUGUCCUGUAAGUCAACUCUUAUUAUACAUCAGAGGACCCAUUCAGGUGAGAAGCCCUUCAAAUGCAGUGUAUGUGGUAAAGCUUUCACGGCUAAGUCCUAUCUUACUGUACACCAGAGAAUUCAUACAGGAGAGAAACCAUAUGAAUGCAGCGAUUGUAAGAAAACAUUUGCUACUUUGUCAACUCUCAUCGGUCAUCGGAGAACUCACACAGGAGAGAGGCCAUAUGGAUGCAGUGAAUGUCAAAAAGCUUUUUUCCGGAAGUCAGCUCUUAAAAACCAUCAGCAAACUCAGCAUAGAGGAAAGUCCUCUAUGCAAUGA